AGAGCUUAAAGAUGGUACAUACGUGGACGACAUAAACAUUGCAAGCGACACAGUGGAAGGAACGAGAGACAUCAAAGAAGAUGCUGUGAAAAUCCUGCGAGAAGGUAGGUUCAUGUUACAUAACGCCGCAGAAUUAGAAAGUGAUGUAAAGAAGGAUGGAGAAACUACCUAUGCGAAGGAAAGUCUAGGGACAACACCAUCAGAGACUAAAUUUCUUGGAUUAGGCUGGAACAAAUCAGAAGACACCUUGUCAGUAACAUUUCCACCAAACGAAAAUGAAAUUACGAAAAGAAUCGUUCUGAGAACUAUGGCGAAAAUCUAUGAUCCGCUGGGAUUAGCAGCUCCUAUUCUACUCACGGCCAAAAUGAUCUUACGAGAUAUCUGUGAUUCUAAGCUGGGAUGGGAUGCAGAUCUACCUGAAGUGCUAAAGCGACGAUGGGAGAAAUGGUUGAAGAAUUUACCUGUCCAGUUGAAAAUGCCAAGAGCAAUACCUAGAGAAAUCGGUGUGAUUGUCGAAUUGAUUCUUCAUGGAUUCGCAGAUGCGAGCCUUCUUGGUUGUUGCGCUGUGAUCUCGCUGUUAUCAAGCAAGCUGGAGUGA